CAUCUGCGAUCGUGUACCUUAUUCAUUGGUCGUGGAGUUGUUCCAGCUGAAUUCUGAACUGAUACUAAAGUCUCUGAUACUUUUCAAGUGUACUCGUUUGCCGUUCCUGAUACAGGCGCGUAUCAGUGACAAAGUAUCAGGUUGAUACUUUUCGACCCACCUCUAAUUUGUGAUCACUUAUAAGUUAUUUUACUUUCUUUGCAUAGUAGUCAGCUUAUGAAUAAAAUGGCCGUGCCCGUAACGAAGUUGGUUACAAACUUGGCCAAGCUUUCUAAACGUCUGUGUAGCCAUUAAAAGUUUCGAAGAGUACUUUAAUCAGGAAGUGAAAUUGUGUAGAUUCUACAAAAUUUCGAAUACUUAAUUCCUUGCAGGUGAAAUUUUCUGGAAAAAUGACCGUAACGAAGACAUAUCGUCCACGGUGCUUUUUCGACGUUGAAGUCGGAGGGUUGCCGAUGGGUCGGAUCGUGUUCGAAUUGUUCUCGGACGUGUGCCCUCUGACAUGCGAGAAUUUCCGCGCCCUGUGCACGGGCGAGAAAGGGACAGGCAAAAUGACCAGCAAACCAUUGCACUACAAAGGUAUCAUUUUCCACCGUGUCGUGAAGGACUUCAUGAUUCAAGGUGGUGAUUUCUCUGUCGGAAACGGAACAGGUGGAGAAUCAAUUUACGGAGGAACCUUUGCAGAUGAAAAUUUUGAAAUCAAACAUGAUACAAAAUUUCUUUUGUCAAUGGCAAAUAGGGGGAAAGAUACUAAUGGCUCACAGUUUUUUAUAACAACGCAACCGGCACCCCACUUGGACGGCGUCCACGUGGUGUUUGGGCACGUGCUGACGGGCCAGGACGUGGUGUCGCACAUCGAGGGGCUGCCCGUGGACCGCAUGUGCCGGCCCCUGCAGGACGCCAAGGUCGUCAACUGCGGCGAGCUCGUGCUCAAGCUGAAGACCAAAGAAAAAAAGGCAAAGAAGAAGACUGAAGCAAGUAGUGAAGAGUCUAGUGAUGAUAAGAAGAAAAAGAAAGAUGAAAAAAAGAAAAAGAAAAAACACAAAAAAGAAAAGCACAGGCGCAGAUCAGCGUCCGGCGACAAGGAGGGCCCCGAGGAGGUGACCGAGGCAGAGCUCCACCCGCUGGCGACUGUGACGGCCAUCGAUCCCGAGGAGAUACCGGAGGUGCCGCCCAACAAGUUCCUGUUCCGCGGCGGCAACGCCGAGCCGGAGGACAAGAAGAAGGACGGGGGCCGGGACAGGGACAGGGACAGGGACAAGGACAAGGACAAGGACAAGGACAAGGACAGAGACCGGGACGGCCGCCAGGCCAGGCGGAGGCGCCCCAAGAUCCGGGGCAUCACCAAGAGCGGCCGCGUGAUCAAGGGUCGGGGCGUCUUUCGUUACCGCACACCAUCAAGAAGUCGCUCCAGAAGCGCAACACCGCCUCAUUGGAAACAGGCUCAGAAUAGAACGAUCAAGCUAAGUGAAUAUGAAAAAUACGAGCAGGAGCGCAAGAAGCACGAGGAGGAGUUGAAGCGCAGAGAAGAGGAGCGCAAGAAGCGCCACGCUGAACGCGACAAGCGUCUGGAGGAACAAGCAACUGAGAAAAAAGAAGAGAACCAGGACGGACCGGCGAGGAAGGGCAGUCUGUCGGAGAUGGAGGACGGCGAGAUGAGAGAUGAGCCAGGAACGCCGGAGCAGCCCCCGAUCAAGGCGGUGGUGGACUACAACGCGCUGGACUACGAGACCAUGGACGGAGGGGCCUCAGAGGACGAGACGGCACCUGCCGCGAGGAAGGCAGAACACGCGCGAGCUGUCGAGAAAGAUCCUGCGAAAGAGCCCGAUAAAAGCGUCUCUGGGAGAAAAAAUAAGGUGGAGUCCGAGGAGCUGCCCCCGGUGAAGAGCCCCCCACAGGCACCGAGCAAAAGUUUGAAAGACGACAAUCUGGAUAAAGAAGAAAGACUUCACUCGCAUUCGAAAGGUACAGAAAGACAAAGGGAGGGUAAAUCGAAACCCAAAAAUGAUGAUGCCGAACAGCAGGGCUGGUUGGACAAAAAGUUUCACUCUGAGAAAAAGAGUUCGAAAAUUGUAAAGGAGUCUGAGCACAACAAAGGUUCAAAGGUAAAUGGGGACCAUCACAUUCUAGAGAGGGAUUCGAAAGUCGAGAAAAAGCACGUUGAGAAAGAAGUUCGUAAAGAACGAAAAAGCCGCUUUGAUGUUGUAACGAAACCUGUUAAAAAAACACAUCAUGAAGCUGAAGACUCGAGAAUGGAAAAGGUAGCACAUGAUGACGAAAACAAUUUACACGUGGAAAGUAGAGAGCUUAAAAUUGAUAAGAUGUCUGAUAGAGAGCACAGAAUGGAUGUAAUGCUAACAGUGGAUGAUAAGGAUUCAAAAACUGGAAAGAUGAGCAGUGAAAGCAAUGUCUUUAAAACUGAUAAGAAACCCCACGUUAACAGUACAAAUUCACCGACAGAUAAGUGUGAAGAAAGACAGUCCAAAACAGAAAAGAGGCUUCGUGCUGAGGAAAAAUCUUCUAAACAUGAAAAAGUAUCUCAUAAUAAUGAGAAAGAUUCAAAGUCUGAGAAAAAGCAGCAUUCAGAAAGCAAGGAACCUAGUCAAACCGAGAAAAGAAUGCUUGAUGUAGAAUAUGAACCUAACACAAGAGAAUCCAAUAUAAAAGUUUAUUCUCUUGUAGAUGAAGGAACCCCAGAAAGAGAAUCGGUGUCUCUGUUGGAAGAAAAGUCUUUCACUCCUCAGAAAAGCACUCUGGUAGAAGAGAACAUUUCCAAGCCAGAAAAAGGGCCACUUUUAGAAGACAAAGAUUCUCAGCCAGAAAAAAGACCCCAUCCUGAAGAAAAAUCUCACAAGCCGGAAAAAAGAUUGCGUUCUGAGGAAAGUGUUUCAAAGCCGGAAAAAAGGUCGUUGCCCGGCGAAAAUGUUCCCAGGCCGGAAAAACAGUCGCAUUCGAGCGAAAACAUAACGAAGUCAGACAAGAGGCCUCAAGUCGCCGAUGUCGUGGAGAUUGUAAGUCCGAAAGAGAAACGUUCGAAAACAGAAACGGUGGAGGGCUCGAAAUCGGAGAAGCCGGGCGCGGAGAGGAGGAACGCGUCGGAAGGCAAGUCUCGCUCCCCGGAGAGGAAGCCUGACAGAAAGUUGCCCGCGGAGGAGAAGGAGAAGAGGCCCGAGAAGGACCACAAAGGCUCGAAGGUGGACAAGCGCAGGGACUCGGACAAGGGCCGCGCCAGGGGGCGGUCGAGGUCGCCCGAGCGCCGCAGGGGGGCCGGCUCCCGGGACCGCCGGCGCAGGUCGUCGCGCUCCUGGUCGCACGCCCAGAGGCGGCCGGGCCACCGGCGGUCCCGGGACCAGGACCGCCGGCCCAAGGGCAAGCCGGCGGUCGACAAGCACCGCAGGCGAGCCCGCUCCAGCUCGUCCAGCUCGAGCAGCUCGAGCUCGUCGUCCGACUCCUCGCGCAGCUCCCGGGGCGCCAGGCAGCGCCGCAACAGGAGGUCCUAGGCCGGGCCGCGUUACACGGCCAGCAUUCACGCGUUUCGCUCUCCGAACAGCGGCCACCCGGAUCUGGCCAUGAUGUCGACGGGCUAGUUAUUUUAGAGAAUUUCACAUUUACGAUCCAAAAAAAAUGCUUCGUCGUCUCCGAAAACCUAUAAUGAUUUUUUUUCCAUUAGUUCUUUGAUCCAUCAGAGAUGGCUACUAGAGAAAUGUCUAACUUGAGUGGAUUUUUCCAUAAGCAGGAAUUUUGCUUUUAAGGGGAAGAUAAUUUCUCAAGCGUUGUGUGGAUGCGAUUGCGAAGGAGAGAUCGGCCAGCUGUAGCUGGGAAAAUCUUACUGAAGGUCAGGUGUGUAAAUAGUAAUGUAUGAAGUGUGGUGUGUGUGUGUGUACGGUAUACCGUACAAUAAUACUAUUGUAAUGUGGGUUAGUGUUUCGUAAAAUGUUACAAGUAGCCUUUUGUUUUUACAGCUAUUAAGUAUCUGCACUUAGUACUACAAAUACGCUAGAAAACAAUACAGGACAUAUCUGUGCAAACAAUACAGAUGAACUAAGCGACAAUGCCUGGCAGCAAGAAGGGACACUGCAGUGAUAUAUGUAGAGAGAUAUAUGUCAAUCAAAUCCUCAAAUACAAUCUUUGUCUUCAGUGUUCAAAAGAUUUUUUAUAGGAUAAAAAAACAUUUGUAGAAAAAGACUAGAAUGGAAAUUCAUGAGUUCAAACUGUAGCCAUUGUCUAGUUGAAAUUAACUACAUUAUAAAAUGCCUUGGAAAUGUUUCAUGUGCACAAAAGGGAAUUCUUUAGAGCCUGGAAAAAUUAGCAUCUUGCUACAGCGGCUAUGUUUUCUUAUUUAUGCCUUAAAUAUUUUUAUUAUUAUUAUUUAAUAUCCAAUAUAAAUUUAUUUCAGCUAUUUUUCUAAAUAAAUGCUCAUUUUUAAAAGCUUAUUAGUUUUAAAUGUCAUUCAUAUCCUUAAUCCUCAAUAAAACGCCAAUUAACUGCAACAUAUUUUUACAGUUUUCUAAUUUAUUGUACAAAAUGUAUUUUUCCACAACAACCCAGUGUUUUAGACUUUAAGUGACAACAAUGUAACAAUACCAACUGUUGAAAUGCAAAGAAAUAUUUUUAAUAAGGUGGAGAUGUUUUUAGUUACCUUACGUAAAGUUUUUUAAAAUUGAAUAAAAAAUAAAAUAAUUUAGGACUUCACAUAAUGUAAAUUACUUUACUGUUUCCCGUGCAAAGCAAACCAUGAAAUUCAUUUCCGUAUAAAUGUUUGGUAACGUAAAUUUUCGCCACAAGCGUUUAGAUGGUAUUGGAAUUUUCAUUCUUGAAUUGUAAACAUGUUUAAAGUCUCUCAAUUUCGCACAUUUUAAAUUCAUAUUUUUAAACUUCGUAUUUUGUGAAUCAAUAUAUUUCAUAGUUACCUAUCAUAAUCUUAUUUUAUAUAAUUAUGUAUUUAUUAAAUUUUCCAGCCACCAUUUAAAUUCAUGUUUUAGUAAGCAACUAACGGGUCAUCAACAAACAAAUUAAAACAAGCUAAAAAUACAAAGAGAUUAUGUUUCAUGUAUAAACUAAAAUACAUGUGAAUUUGCAUUCCAUGCUUUUCUUAGAAUGAGUUAUUUUGAUUAAUUUAGGUAGUAAAUUUAUAAAAUAUAUUUUAUUCAAAAUGUUUUCUCAUGUAUCGGUUUGCAAUCUGUGAAUCGGCAACAGUUGUAUCCGAUGUAUCGGCAUAGCCUGCAAAAUUUUAUGAAUCGGCAAAGCUUUGAAUGAAUAUAUUUUGUAACUGUACAGUCAUUUUAUUGUGGCUUGGAAUAGAUACAUAUUAGCAUUACAUGAACUACCUAGUAUUUAUAUACUCAAGUUAAAUAAAUAUCUUAGAUUCUAAUUUGUGUAUGGAUUUUAUGUUGCAAGCUGAAAUGUUGAAAUUGUUAGGUUUAGUAUCAGCCAUGUGGCUGGUGUUUCAAGUCUGUAACAUAACCAAUUUCACUAUGGAUAUAAAAUGUGACUGAACAAAUUAUAAAUCAGCAGUGAUUCCAAACCGAAAAGCACUUCAAAAUGCAGGCUACAAAAUUUCAACUUAAUAACAUGGCUGCUUUCUUGACCGUUUUUAUUGGGUGGAAUUAACGACUAACUUAGUCAUAACUUAACCAUGUGCUCGUUAGCAUACAGUUUUUUAUCGUUGAACCUACUUUGAGACUUAGUAGCAGCAGAUUUUCCCAUCCGGUGUACUUCCAAAUGUUUCACUUAAACCAUGUGGUGAAUUUCUGGUAAUUGUUCUCUACACCAACAUUGUUCAUGAGGCUGCCUUGUGUCUGUGAUGCAGCUAAGUUACAUGUAUCUUAAAUAACUUCAAAAUAUAAGUCCCACCCAAAUAAUCUAUUUAAAUUGUGUACAAUUUUAUGAAUUAACCCUGUGACUUAAUUUUUGCUAGGAUAUUGCAAUAUCAAUUUUUUAAAUAACAAUUUUCUUUAUUUUUUUUUGGUUUUGAUCUAAAAAGGUGUAAAAUUUUAUGUUGCACGAAACUGAAAUAGAGGGUUAUUUGUAUGUAUAACUAUUUAAUUUACAAACAUUUAGAUUUUUAAGUUUUAAGUAAAAGGAAUAAAAAUGCUAAUUUAUGAAAUAGUAUAUUCUAAUUUAUGAAAUAGUAGAUGCUAAUUUUUCCACUCCCAACUCAUGAGAUUUAGAUUCUGAUUCUAGGCAUUCUUUAAAGAAUAAAAUUUUGAGAUAAACAUUUGAGAAAAAUUGGAUGCUAGUUUUAUAAACAAUUAGUUUAAAUUAUGUUAUUUUACUACAUGAAUCACUGGAGGUUAAUUUUUAUAUAUUUCAAUUUGUAUAAAUAAUUUAUAAUAUUUUAUAAAAAGAAAAUAAAAUUAUUUUCCUUAUAAUAUUGGUAUCUUAAAUUUUAAAAAAAUAAAAUAUUCAUACUGGACAUGUCUGCCAUUUAUAGAACAGGCUAGGUAUUCACACUAAAAUAUAAAUGUCCUAUUGCCCUGUAUUUUCCUCUAACGUAUUUAGGUACGCAAUAUUAUUGGCUAUAUAUUUUUGUUUUGUAAUUUAAAGUGAACUUUUGUAACAUUUGGUUUCUGUAAUUCAUUUGGUCUUUUUAUUGGAUUUUGGUUCUGUUUGCGUUGGUCAUCUUGAGGUAGUGUUUGUUAAAUCUUUGAAAACAUUUAAUUUUUUAAAAUUCAAGAUUGGUUGAAAGAGACUUGGGAUUAUAUGAGAUUUUGCAAGAUAUGUUAUGAUUCAUUUCUAUAUUUUAGGAAUAUAGCCAGGUUUUAUUUGUUGUGGUAAUCAGUUUUGCAAGACCUUGUUUGGAAAUUACUUUUACUCCAGUAUUCUUUGAACAUUGUGUGUGCUGUCCGUACCAACUUUUCUUCUUCAAUGGAAAGUUCUUUAGGUAUUAUGAUUCAUCCAUAAAAAUCAAAGUGUGUGUGCCUAACAGAAAAAUAUUAUUUUCUGCAUGUAGCAUGCAUGUGUGUGUGUGUGUGUGAGGGCUGGAAGGUUGUUUGCAUGUUGUGCUUAAUAGGUUAGUAAUAGUAAAUUACUACUUAAUUUACUGUAGUGUAGAAGUUACUUUAUUCUACUAACCUGUGUACAGUGUAUUUGAUGAAUUACUUUUUUUAUAAUUUUCUGUUGUUUUUUUAUCAUGGUUUUACUGACAAAUAUUUAACUGACACUGUAGUGUAUAUUUGUUUUCGCUUUGAUAAUAUUUUCAGAAUGCUGGUACCAAUUUAAAAAAAAACAGCCGGUAUAAUGUAUUCAGCACUUGUGAAGAAAAAAAAUUUUGGUUAAUUUAAUGAAGUAUAUGUUGAAAUUGUUCAAUUUUUGUUUUGUAUGUUGCACGGAACAUGUGUGUUACAAUUCACCAAAGUGUUUAGUUACUGUUGUAAGUAUAUCUUCUACAAAUUCUUGCUAGAGAUGUUCUGGGGUGAAUGUAAUUGGGCUUUAAAUAAAAAAAAAAAAAAAGGAUAAAUAUUGACAUAUUACUGAUGUGUGUUCCAGUUUGAAGCUGUCAAGCGAUGUGAGAUGAUAAAAGUGUCUGCCUUGUAAUUUCAUAGGCUUUAUAAACUCUGCACAGUUAAAAGGUGACAUUACAAUAUUUACUUUGUACAGAACCAAUGCAUACAAUUUUUUUUAUUAAAUUGCUUGUAAACACA